AUGCUCAAGAAGCCGGAGGAUGUGCCCGGCAAGGCAUGGCCGGCCAUCUGCAUCGGCCUCUUCGUGGCCUUUGGUGGAGUCCUCUUCGGCUAUGACACCGGUACUAUUAGCGGUAUCCUAGAAAUGGAUUACUGGAAGAGAGAAUUUGCGACUACAGUAAAUGCAGACGGGGAUCCGGAUAUCACUGCAUCGCAAGACUCACUCAUCGUGUCCAUUCUGUCGGCGGGCACUUUCUUUGGUGCGCUUACGGCUGCGCCCUUUGGAGAUUUGCUCGGUCGUCGCUGGGGUCUCAUGGCUUCUGCUGGCAUUGUUUUCAACUUCGGCGUCAUCUUGCAAACCGCGUCGACUUCUAUUCCUCUGUUCGUUGCGGGCCGAUUCUUUGCUGGCUACGGUGUUGGUCUGGUUUCGGCACUUAUUCCCAUGUACCAGUCUGAAACUUCACCGAAGUGGAUCCGAGGUACCAUCGUAGGUUGCUACCAGCUUGCCAUAACCAUUGGCUUGUUCCUAGCGGCCAUCGUGAAUCACUCCACCAAAGACCGCGACGAUUCUGGAUCAUACCGUAUCCCAGUUGCAGUGCAAUUCUUGUGGUCGUUGAUCCUUGUUGUUGGCCUGAUCUUCCUCCCGGAGACUCCCCGUUACCUGAUCAAGACGGACAAAUACGAUAAGGCGGCCAAAUCGCUCGCCCAGCUCCGCCGCCUGCCCAUCGACCACCCAGCCGUCAUCGAGGAGCUGAACGAAGUCCAAGCCAACCAUCUCUAUGAGAUGAGCCUCGGUAAAUCUACUUAUGCGGACUGCUUCAAGGGUACAUUGGGCAAGCGGCUCGCCACGGGUUGCCUGCUGCAGGCGCUCCAGCAGCUCACUGGCGUAAACUUUAUCUUCUACUACGGAACCUACUACUUCACCAACGCCGGCUUCACAAACCCCUUCAUCAUCCAAGUCAUCACCAACUCUGUCAAUGUCGCCUCCACCUUCCCCGGCCUGUACAUGGUCGAAAAACUCGGCCGGCGCAACCUGCUUCUCCUCGGCGCCAUCGGCAUGUGCGUCUGCCAGUACAUUGUAGCCAUCACCGGUACAGUGGCUGGGACGACAGAUUUGCCCGCCCAGCGCACGGCUAUCGCUUUCGUCUGCAUCUACAUUUUCUUCUUUGCGAGCUCCUGGGGCCCCGUGGCGUGGGUCGUCACGGGCGAACUGUUCCCCUUGAAGGCGCGUGCGAAGUGUCUGAGUAUGACGACGGCGAGCAAUUGGCUGCUUAACUGGGCGAUUGCGUACAGCACGCCGUAUAUGGUGGAUGCGGACGAGGGGAAUCUGCAGUCUAAGGUGUUCUUCGUGUGGGGCUCUUUCUGCUUCGUUUGUAUUGCUUUUGUCUGGUUCAUGAUCUACGAAACAAAGGGCCUUUCCCUCGAGCAAGUCGACGAACUGUACGGCAUCGUCGGCAAGGCGUGGAAGAGCAAGGCGUUCCGCCCCGCGGUGCACUUUGCUGAAAUCGACGCGGAGGCAGGGCGCAAGAUGAGCUUGGCGGAUUUGGCGGCCAACCAGGAGAGGAAGCGGAGUGUGCACGAGGAGGGGCCGGUUGCGGCGGAGAAGGUUUAA